AUGAACAGCACCCCAAGCAACGGCCAGGCCCCGGGCCGCCGGCAGCGCCUCCCGCCCUCCGCGGCUGGCACUCCCUCGGUCACCAAGGUCGCCCCGGCCAAGAAGAUCACCUUCUUCAAGCGAGGGGACCCCCGGUGUGCCGGGGUUCGCGUGGCCGUUCACCAGCGAGCCUUCAAGACCUUCGGUGCCCUGAUGGAUGAGCUCUCUGGACGCAUGCCUCUGUCUUUCGGGGUGCGCUCCGUCACCACGCCCCGGGGACUGCAUAGCCUCAGCACCCUAGAACAGCUCCAAGAUGGAGGCUGCUACCUCUGCUCCGACAGGAAGCCCCCCAAGACCCCCAGCGGGCCAGGUCGGCCCCCAGGGAGCAGCUCUUCCGCUCUGCAGUCCUGGGGUCUCACCGGUGGGCGGGAGACACUGGGCGCGACAGCCCCACGGAGAGUGACCCUGGUGAAGAAUGGGGACCCCAGGUCCCGGAGGGGCACGGUUCUCAGUCACAGGAACACAAGGAGCCUGGCGGCCUUCCUCAGCAGGGCCUCCGACCUUCUGCGCUUCCCCGUGAAACAGCUGUACACAACCAGUGGGGAAAAGGUGGACUGUCUGCAAGCCUUGCUGCAUAGCCCCUCUGUGCUGGUGUGUGUGGGGAAUGAGGCCCUCAGGCCUCUGGAGGUAGACGAUGCUGGGGAAACCAGGACUGGAACUGUAUCCGGGCUGACUUCACAGAGCAAAAAUGGUCGCUGGGGACCAAAGGCCAAACAGAGCGAGAUCCAUCUGCGGUCCAGAUCUGGGGGGAAGCCACCACCGUCUUCCUCACUGUCAGCCAAGUCUGGUGACCACCCCCCCUCCGGCCAUCCUGCCUGCACGGGGCCUGCCCCCCACAGCCACCCUGGGGACGUGCCCACCCGCCCCGGGCCCUUGGUGGCCGGCGACAAUGUGGAGAAGAAUGUCCACGUGAACGAGGACGGCAGCCUGUCUGUGGAGAUGAAGGUCCGCUUCCAGCUCCUGGGCGAGGACGCCCUGCUGUGGUCGCAGAGGCUGGGCUGGGCGGGCGCCCGCUCGGCGGUCCCCGGAGACGCGGGGCCUCCCUGCCGCAGGCCGGAGGGCCGUCCCUGCGGCUCUGUGGAGUCUGGGGCACCGCCAGGGUGCCGGGGAGCCUUCGGUACAGACCGGCAGCCGGGGCCCAGCUACGACAUCUGGAGGAACCCGCUGUGCGUCCCCCGGGAGGGGCAGCCAGCUCCCAGGAGGACCUGGGUGCCCACCCAACGCGCCCACUGCGGGUACUACAGGCGCCAAGGGACCCGUGGCCCGGAGAGCAUCGGCCCGGCCUCGAGUGCUGCCAACGCUGACACUUCCGAGACAGACUCCUGCGACCCCAGGGCCCUGGAAAGUGGGGGAGACAGCCGCGGCCCGUGCCCAGGCUCUGCGAGUGCCGCGCAGAGCAGGGUGCAGCAGGAAGCCGGCCAAGGCCCGUGCACGGAGGGACGGGGGCCCCGUGGCCUCCUGGGGCCUAGAACCCGGGGUGUCGCGAGGGCCUUUUCUGACUCAUCAGCCAGCGCUGGGCCUCCCGGGGAGACCGGCAAGGGGGGUGGUCAGCAUCCUGCCUGCCCGAGAAGAGCUGCGGCUUCCCGGGGGAAGGCCACCCAGGCCCGCAGCCCCAGGGCCGCCGCGCUCAGCCCUUCGUCUGGGAGCCACAAGGACCUCCGGGCGGAGAAGUGCGGACCGGGCGCCCGGUGCCAGCAGCCCAGGAGCCGGCUGCCCCCCCGGAGUCUGGACUACGCGCGCUCUUGGGGUGCAGAGGGAGGCUCCACCCCGCCUCCAGCCUCGGCCCCGGCCCCGCCCAGCCUCCCGGCCCUGCACCGGGCAGCCCGGAGAGGCCGUGCCAGGCGCUGCCCCGCACACCGGCCGGCAGCCCUGCCGGCACCGAGGCCGCCCGCCCGGAGAAGGGCCUCCCUCGGCGGCACGACGCCAGGCUCUCCCCAGAACCCACCCCGGGCUGGAGGACAGGCUCCCGGGGGCCCGAGGCCACCCGCCCUUGGCUCCCAGGACUUGGCGGUGGCCGCGAGUGACUCGGACGGUGCUUCUGGGUCCCAUCGGCCCCGGGUGGCCUCUGAGGAGCCGGCGGGGCAGACCAAGUGCGGGGGGCACUCCUCGGCCCCCACACGAGGGGCGGGCAGCCUGGGGGACGAGGCUGGGAGCACCCCCGAGCCCCCCUCCUCCCCCUCCUCCUCCCCCUCCUCCGUCCUGCUGGAUGGAUGUCCCGGGGGUGGGGAGUCCCGAGCCCCCCCCCAGCGGCCGCUGCUCACGGACGGAGGCCGGCCCGGCCUUGGGGGACCCGACUCAGGCCUGCUGGGGGCGCAGCAGCUACGUCCCCACCCCCCCGGGGCAGCCCCCCCGGGCACGGACGCGCCCCUCGAGCUGCGGGGCGGACGGCGGGGCGGGGCGCGGGAGGAAGACCCCGGCGCGGGGCCCGGCCGUCUGCCCCACAGCUCGCCGGACGCCAUCAUCCGGGGGUGGCUGGACGACAUCCCAGAGGCACCGGUGCUCAUGGGGUACGGGGCGCUGGGGGAGCCCCCGGAGGCGGGCGGCGGCGGCCCCGAGGGCCUGGGCGCGGAGGAGGGCCCCGGGGACGACGCCCCUUCUCUGAAAGGCUCGGUGGCGCUGGCUGGGGCCCGGCGGCCCUCGGAGGGGGAGCCAGCAGAGGCCCUCCCGGCGGGGAGCCCUACGGGCCCUGAGCCAGAAGCCGCCCCCCACCCGGGCAAGGCCCCAGGAGAGGCGUCCGAGCCCCGGGAGGCCCAAGAGGGCGCGGGGGCCCGUGGGCGCGCUGGCGGGAGCCCGUGGGCGCUUCCCGGAAGGGCGGCCGCCCCCGCGCAGGUGGUGAAGGCCCUGCUGGGCGUCGGGCGGGACCGGCCCAGCAGCCUGCCCGAGGUGUCGAGCGCCGCGGCCCGCAGGCUCGGCCGCGCCGCCGGGGCCCUGGUCGCCUGCCUCGCCCGGCUCCACUUCUUCCACGAAGAUCGCGGGGCCCCGGCUGGCAAAGCGAGGCGCCCGGGCUCCUCCGGGUGCCCGGAGCUACUGAGCGAGCUCUCCCCAGCCCUGUGGCCAAGGGGCGGCCUGGCGCGAGGCCGCGGGGACGCGGGCGUUGGGGUGCUCGCGUCCCCCCAGGCCCUGCCGGGGACGGAGGGCUUCACGCCCACCUCCUCCUCGGGCGUGGACGUCAGCAGCGGCUCGGGGGGCUCGGGGGGCUCCGGGGAAGGCAGCGGGCCCUGCGCCACGGAGCCGCCCCCGAAAGCCUCCCACGGGCCAGAUCCUGGAACCCUGAGGUGUCCCCAGGACUUGGGCGCCCCACCGCCAAGAUUCCCCACCAGCGCCCCCCACCUCCAGGAGCCGGGAAGGGACGGCGGGAGGCAGGAGCCAGGCCCGGGGCCGGAGGAGGCGCGGGCAGAGCGCACGGAGGGAGGAGGGGGGGCUGAGGAGGAGCGAGCCCUCCAGCAAGGCGCGCCCGGGGCUCGCUCUGGGGACGCCGAGGGCUCGCCGGAAGACGCGGGGGUGCCGGAAGAGGAAGCCGGAGGAGGCCCCGAGGGACCCGCGGAGCCCCCCGAAGGUUCCAGUGGCCCGGACUCCCGUGGCAGGCAGGGCCCACGCGGGUCGCCGGGGCAGGCUGCUUCGGAAGGGCCGUCCGGAGGCGCUCCGAUGGGCCCCGCGUCUGGAAGGGAGAGCACGGCCCCGGCCCGCGGGGGCUCCCGGGACCCCGACCCCCGCUGGGUGUCCCAGCUGCUCCGGAAGAUGGAGAAGGCCUUCCUGGCUCACCUGGCCGAGGCCGCGGGCGAGCUGCGGGCGCGCUGGGACCUGCAGGACGGCGGCGGGCUGGACCCCGUGGUGGCCGAGCUCACGCGGGACGUGGGCCUGCGGCUCCACGCGAGCACGGAGCGGGAGCUCCGCAAGGUCCGCAGCCGGGCCGGGAGGACCGCGCCGCCCAGGACGGUCCCCGCGCCUCCCCCAGCAGCUCUCCCGGCACAGGCGUCCCUGCAGACCGAGCGGCGCCGCCGUCUCUGGGGCCUGCACAACCUCUCGGGGUUCCCAGAACCGGGCCACGGCGGGGGGCUGCUGCCCCCGGCCCGGGAGGACGGGCCCGCCCCGGGCGCAGGGCUGGGCAGGGAGGCCGCGGGGGAGGACGCGUUCUGCCCUUGCCAUGCCUGCGCCAGGAAGCCAGCGGCCCUCCCGCCCCCCCAUUCCACCGCGGGCGCCCCCAUCAGGAAGGCCUUUGACCUUCGGCAGAUCCUGCAGAAGAAGAAAGGAGGGGGGGCAGAGCCUUCCCCGGAGGCCGUCCAGGGGGAGGCAGGGGGCGCCGAGUACCCCGAGAGGGAGGCGGCCGCCCCCAGCGCGCUGGAGCUGGACGGCGUGACGGAGCAGGGGGGACCCCGGGGCCGGGGCUCGGAGGAGGGGGCCGCUGUAGAGGCCGAGGGGGGACAGGCCGAGGGGGGCUGUGAAGCCAGAGAAGAGGGGCAGGCAGAGGCAGAAGACGGACAUGAAGGGAAGGGAAAGAGUGGCUCUCUGGUGGAUCCAGGGACGAGCCCGAGAGGGGAAGCUUCUAGAAGGAGCAGUCUAAACCAAGAAGGGAGGCCCACACCACCGGCUCCCCAGAGUCCAAGCCCCCCAACACCGUCUGCCACCCGUGGCUGCCCCGUCGCAGAGCCCCCGGGAGACCGCUCCCCGGCCUCCCGGCAAGGCGCCAGCGCGGACCCCGGGUGCCCCGACGUAGGAGCUCGGGGGGCUCCGCGUGCCGAGGGAAAAACCACCACCAUGUAUCCAGAAAGUUCCACUUCGGAGCAAGAAGAAGCCGCUUCAGACCCAGGGGUUCCAGUGCAGGGGGCGGAGGGAGACGACGAUGUGGGAGGGGACGAGAGGGCUUCUGGAAGCUUCUCCCGCACCCACGCAGGGGACAGGGCAGAGCGCUUUGGCCGGGACGACUUGGAUUUCUAG